ACUUUCCUUCCCCCUACCUGCAUCAUGUCACUGGAGCCCUGUAGUCGCACUCCCUGUCUGCUAACCUCUGCCUCUGUCUCUGCUGCCUGGUUGAAACUCACCAAAGACUAAUAAAGAAGAGAAUAGGGAGGAAAGGAUUUGUGAUUUUCUUCAAUUUGGGAAAGAGGGUUAUUGGACUUGUUAUUUUUGUUCUCAGUGGGAGCCUGAAACUGAAGGAGGACACCUGUGUGUGUGCCCUCCUGCUCUGUAAUGUGGCAAGAAGCAAUGAGGAGACGCCGCUAUUUCCUUGACAGGACAGAAGAUGUGGAUAUUAGACAGGAGCAACAGAGGACCAGGGACUGGCUGUAUGAAUCCUAUUACUGCAUGAGCCAGCAGCACCCACUUAUUGUCUUUCUGCUGCUCAUUGUGAUGGGAGCUUGUCUUGCAAUGCUGGCUGUCUUCUUUGCUUCUGGGCUGGCAAUUGAAGAACAUGUUGCAUUUUUAAUAACAGUCCCAACAGCCAUAGCAAUUUUCUUUGCUAUAUUUGUCCUGGUCUGCAUAGAGUCUGUCUUCAAGAAGCUUCUUCGUGUUUUUUCACUGGUCAUCUAUGUAUGUUUGGUUGCAAUGGGAUAUCUUUUUAUGUGUUUUGGAGGAAUCAUAUCACCUUGGGAUCAGGUAUCUUUCUUCUUGUUCAUUAUUUUUGUUGUAUACACCAUGCUUCCAUUCAACAUGCGAGAUGCAAUAAUUGCCAGUAUCGUAACCUCAGCGUCCCAUACAAUAGUGCUCAGUAUUUAUUUAUCUACAUCAGGAGUAAGAAAGGAACAUUUGGUCUGGCAGAUAUUGGCAAAUGUGAUUAUUUUUAUCUGCGGCAAUUUGGCAGGAGCUUACCACAAGCAUCUAAUGGAGCUUGCUUUACAACAAACAUAUCAAGAUACCUGCAAUUGCAUUAAAUCCCGCAUUAAACUCGAAUUUGAAAAACGUCAGCAGGAACGUCUUCUUCUUUCCUUGCUACCUGCUCACAUUGCAAUGGAAAUGAAAGCAGAGAUUAUCCAGAGAUUACAAGGACCUAGGGCUGGUCAGCUGGAAAACACAAAUAAUUUCCAUAACUUGUAUGUGAAGCGGCACACUAAUGUAAGUAUCUUGUACGCUGACAUUGUUGGAUUCACUCGAUUGGCCAGUGAUUGUUCUCCUGGAGAAUUAGUACAUAUGCUUAAUGAAUUAUUUGGAAAGUUUGACCAAAUUGCCAAGGAAAAUGAAUGCAUGAGAAUCAAAAUCUUAGGCGAUUGUUACUAUUGUGUGUCAGGACUACCAAUCUCUUUACCAAAUCAUGCCAAGAACUGUGUGAAAAUGGGAUUGGAUAUGUGUGAAGCUAUAAAGAAAGUAAGAGAUGCCACAGGAGUUGACAUUAACAUGCGCGUUGGUGUGCACUCUGGAAAUGUCCUUUGUGGAGUCAUUGGCUUACAAAAAUGGCAAUACGAUGUAUGGUCACAUGAUGUUACUUUGGCAAAUCACAUGGAAGCUGGAGGAGUGCCAGGCCGUGUUCACAUAACGUCUGUCACACUGGAACAUUUGAAUGGCACUUACAAAGUAGAAGAUGGUGAUGGACACAUCAGAGAUCCCUACUUGAAAGAAAAUGGAGUGAUAACCUACUUUGUUAUAAACCCAAAGGCAGAAAGACGAAGUCCGCAGCAUCAUUUUAGACCUCGUAACACUCUGGAUGGUGCAAAAAUGAGAGCCUCUGUCCGAAUGACACGAUACCUGGAGUCAUGGGGAGCUGCAAAGCCAUUUGCUCAUCUGCACCAUCGAGACAGUAUGACAACAGAAAAUGGCAAGAUUUGCACCACAGAUGUACCAAUGGGUCAGUAUCAUUUCCAGAGGCGCACAGAAAGGACUAAAUCACAGAAAAAAAGAUUUGAAGAAGAACUAAAUGAAAGAAUGAUUCAAGCUAUUGAUGGUAUAAAUGCACAAAAACAGUGGCUGAAAUCUGAAGAUAUCCAAAGAAUAUCACUUCUUUUUCAUAAUAAAGCACUUGAAAAAGAAUACAGGGCGACAACGCUUCCAGCCUUCAAGUAUUAUGUGACAUGUGCCUGUCUUAUAUUCUUCUGUAUCUUCAUUGUACAAAUUUUAGUAUUACCAAAAACAUCGAUUCUUGGAAUUUCUUUUGGGGUUGCAUUUUUGUUGUUGGCAUUCAUUCUCCUCAUAUGUUUUGCUGGACAGCUUUUGCAAUGCAGCAAAAAGGCAUCAGCAUCAUUCUUGUGGCUUUUAAAAUCAUCAGGAUUAAUAUUAGACCGGCCUUGGCCACGGAUUACUCUUACGGUGAUGACUACUACAAUCAUUUUGACAAUGGCUAUAUUUAACAUGUUUUUCCUGGAUGAUUCUGUAACCAAUAUCAUUCCAGCAUCCAACUGGUCAAAUGAAAGUUCACCUCAGUCAAAUGAAGGAAAGAAAUGGCUUGUACAAAAUAACUUUUUUUUUCUACCUUACUUUAUAUACAGUUGUAUUUUGGGUUUCAUUUCUUGUUCUGUCUUUCUACGGAUAAAUUAUGAGUUGAAGAUGACAAUUAUGCUGAUUGCAAUGGUGGUCUACAAUGUCAUCCUUCUUCAUACACAUGCAUCCAUGCUUGAUGCUUACAGCAGAUACCUGUAUGCAACAGAAUCUAUUGAAAGACCUGGCGUAUUAAAAGACCUUAAGACUAUGGGAUCUGUGUCUCUGUUUAUAUUUUUUGUCACUCUGCUUGUUCUAGGCAGACAGAAUGAAUAUUACUGUAGGUUAGAUUUCUUGUGGAAGAACAAGUUCAAAAAAGAACGUGAAGAAAUAGAGACCAUGGAGAAUCUGAACCGGGUACUAUUAGAGAAUGUGCUACCUGCUCAUGUGGCUGAACACUUUUUAGCAAGAAACCUAAAAAAUGAGGAUUUAUACCAUCAGUCAUAUGACUGUGUUUGUGUAAUGUUUGCAUCUAUACCAGAUUUUAAAGAAUUUUAUACAGAAUCAGAUGUGAAUAAGGAAGGUUUGGAGUGUCUCAGACUAUUAAAUGAAAUCAUUGCUGAUUUUGAUGAUUUGCUUUCUAAACCAAAAUUUAGUGGUGUUGAAAAAAUCAAGACUAUAGGAAGCACAUAUAUGGCAGCAACAGGACUCAGUGCAACGCCUAAUCAAGAAUAUAGCCAGGAAACAGACAGACAGUACAUGCACAUAGGAACUAUGGUAGAGUUUGCAUUUGCACUUGUGGCUAAACUUGAUGCCAUAAACAAACAUUCAUUCAAUGACUUCAUGCUUCGAGUGGGUAUCAACCAUGGCCCAGUUAUAGCUGGAGUUAUUGGUGCUCAAAAGCCACAGUAUGACAUCUGGGGUAAUACCGUAAAUGUUGCCAGUAGAAUGGACAGCACGGGUGUCUUGGGAAAAAUACAGGUUACAGAAGAAACAUGCAAUGUUUUGCUAGCACUGGGAUAUGUUUGCACCUGCAGAGGAAUAAUUAAUGUUAAAGGAAAAGGAGAACUGAAAACAUAUUUUGUACAUACAGAGAUGACAAGGUCUUUAUCACAGGGCAAUGUAGCAUCCUGAGUAUCUGACAAGAUUCUAAAAAACUAUGAUGAUCUUUUUACAUCUCCUACGAUAGUCUGACAUUAAAAUUUGCAGUAUUUCUUAAAACUUUCACGCCACCCUCACACCAACAAUAUGGAUGUGUUCACCAUUUGUGUCUCAUAGCUAAUGACACAUUAUGAGCACUCAUUCAGCAUUAAUGCCCUUAUUUUCUUCACCAGAGACUCGA